GAUUCUUUAUUAAUAUCAACGUUUACACCAUGUGACCAUUGAUGCAUUUCUCAUGGGGUGCUGCUUCUCUUGCACUUUUUAUCACCUUUCCAUACAUUCAUAUAUAAGUAUGUACAAAGGCACUGGAUCCGUUACUACACGAACUCCAACCAACACCAUCAACUUGCCUUCUUCUGACUCGUUUUCAAGUACUAGAGUUCUUCGGGGCUUUCCUGAUCAGACUAACAACGCUGGAUCUUUCACCAUAUUUUGAAUUUAUACUGUUUGGUAAACAUUGAUUUUAAUUGAAUUCAAGAUAUGGGGUUAAUCCGGAAUUCGACGAUGAAAAGUGGGGAUUACUUGGAAGGGAUGCUUAGUGAUUAUGUGGGAGGAAAGGCCAAGUCCAAGGUACAGAGGAGUUCCUCGGCAAGGCUUGUCACUGCUCUUACUUGUCUCCAAUUUGCUUUUGCAGUUUAUGCAACUUUCUUACUAUACUACAUGAGCCCUACAAUAGAUUUAAGAACCAAACCAGACUUUGCAUGGGCUACAAGAAUCGCACAGCAAUGGAAACACUUCAUUAUCCCACCCCAUGUUCUUGGUCGGUACCAGGAAGCUGCUUCUCUUGUUACAGCAGAAAUCGGGCCAAUCAAUCCAUCAGAAGUUUGUGAGCAUGAAAAAAUUGAUUUCCAGCAGAAGAAGUCAAAUGAUGCUCAAAUGAUUAAGUUGAAGAGAGAGCUUUAUGAUGAGGUAUUGGAUUUUCAAAGUAAGUCUACUGGAACAGAAACUCUGUCUGAGCUAAUGGCAAUGAAGUCCAAGUGGGAUUUGCGAGGUCCCAAUAAGCCGAGGGUCACAGUGAUCUUAAACCAUUUCAAGAGAAAGACGCUUUGUGCCCAGCUUGAUUCUUUGCUUCACCAGACGCUUCCUUUCCACCAUGUCUGGGUACUUUCAUUUGGGAGCCCAAAUGAGCUCUCACUAAAGAGAAUUGUAAACAGCUACAAUGAUUCAAGAAUCAGCUUCAUUAGUUCUAGCUAUGAUUUCAAGUACUAUGGAAGGUUCCAGAUGGCUUUACAAACCGAAGCCGAUCUUGUAUAUAUUGUUGAUGAUGACAUGAUUCCAGGAAGGAAAAUGCUACAGAUAUUAUCCCACGUAGCAGGGACAGAAAAAUACAAGAACUCGGUUUUGGGCAGCAUAGGAAGGAUUUUGCCUUUCAGGCAAAAGGACUUUACGUUCCCUAGCUACAGAAAGUUCCGGUCCAAAGAGGCAGGGCUCUAUUUGCCUGACCCUGCUUAUGACAUAACAGUUGAUAAAAUUGUGCAGGUGGAUUUUCUUUCCAGUUCAUGGUUUUUAUCUGCAGAGCUCGUCAAGACACUAUUCAUUGAGGCACCUAUGACCUUCAUGACAGGAGAAGAUCUGCAUCUUAGCUAUCAGCUACAGAAGUACAGAAAUGCUGGUUCAUUUGUGCUUCCGGUUGAUCCAAACGACAAGGAAACAUGGGGUGAUAGUGAGCACAGGCUAGCUUAUGUUUCUGAAACCACUGUUAUUUUCAAGGACAUUGUUCAAGUCCGAGAUGAUCAGUGGUGGAAAGCAUUCUCUACUGGUUAUGUGACUCAAUGGGCAGCAAUGCACCCUCAAAAAAUAGAUGCACUCUUCUAUGCCCACUCGGUCGAUGAAGUUAAAGCACUUGCACCGCUUAUUGAGAAGUUCAGGUCUACUGUUGGCAAAAAGGCGUACAUUGUUGUCUCUGGAGGCAAUUUUUGCCCCUGUGAAGAUGCUGCAACUGCUCUAAAUUGGCCUAAGAUUGUCUGCAAAGAGCGAAGAUUCAAGAUAUUUGAUUUGGCAGUUGCGGCGCAGACGGAAAUAUCGAAUUCAGAAGUGCCAGUGAUACAAGCAGUGUACUCGAGCGUGAAAGGAUUGAUCAAGAUUCACAAUCCCAGUGUGUUGAUCGCAGUGAAUGACAUUGAUCCUAAUGUGAAGAAAGCCUUGAAAAUGGCGACGGAGACUAAUACUAAUGGCACAACAAUGGUUCUUCUACCAAGGCCUUCAAUAUCAAAGGUUCUUUGGAUGGCUGAUCUAAGAUCAACAGCUUUGCCAAACUGGAAUAAAAUGCGGAUUUCUGUCAACAUAAUCACCCAAAAUCGUGCUCCUUCUUUAACAAGGCUUCUCAAAUCUCUCAGCGAUGCUUAUUAUGUAGGGGAUGAAAUCCCCAUCAGCUUCAACGUGGACAGUAAAGUUGACGAGGAAACUAUAAGAUUAGUGAGCUCAUUUAAUUGGCCUCAUGGUCCUAAAACCCUCAGAAGAAGAAUCAUCCAAGGAGGCCUAAUUCGAGCAGUCAGUGAAAGUUGGUACCCUUCAUCUGAUGAUGAUUAUGGCCUCCUACUCGAAGAUGAUAUUGAAGUCUCUCCAUUCUACUAUCUAUGGAUCAAAUAUGCUCUUUUGGCCUAUCACUAUGAUCCACAAGUGUCACUACCUGAGCUCUCCUCCAUCUCCCUUUACACGCCUAAAUUGGUGGAGGUGGUGAAAGAAAGGCCAAGAUGGAAUGCAACUGAGUUCUUUAAACGAAUCCAUCCUAACACCCCUUAUCUCCACCAACUACCUUGCAGUUGGGGUGCAGUGUUCUUCCCUAAACAAUGGAGAGAAUUCUAUGUUUACAUGAACAUGAGGUUCACUGAAGAUGCCAAGGCAAACCCAGUUCAGAUCCCAAAGUCAAGAACAAAUGGAUGGCAAGCUUCAUGGAAGAAGUUCCUCAUUGACAUGAUGUACCUCAGAGGCUAUGUUAGUCUCUACCCCAACUUUCCGAACCAGGCAAGCUUCUCGACUAACCAUAUGGAACCAGGGGCUCACAUUAGUGCAAAGGACAAUGUUGUUAAGCAUGACAAGACAGAUUUUGAGGUGCCAUUGUUGAAGGAAGAUUUUAGAUCCUUUUUGCCAAAUGGUAAGUUUCCUCCAGCAUCAAAAUUGCCAUCACUUAACUUGUUCAACCAACCUGUUUCGCUCAAGGGUCUGAAGGCAGCUGGAGCUAAGUUGGGUCAAGAUGUACUCAAGUGCGACAACGCCACAGAAAUUGUGAGUGUGGAUCAUGAAACAGGCCUGCCUAAACAAUGCGCAAAAUUCUGAUGACUGAAGAUUUUUGUGAUCGAUUAAUAUUCUUUGUUCUUUUGAAACAUUUAUUAUGUCCAUACACAUGAUUACUGGAGCUAUCAAGUGGAGGAAACAGUUGGAUUCAAAGGUGGACAAAAGUUUCUCCCUUUGAUUGGAUUUCCCAACUAAUUAAAGGUACUGCGGACCAGAAUUGUUGUUGGGGAAAAUGAGAUGUGUAAUUUUAUGAAGCCAAAAGAGGCUUUUCAUAAUUAAAUGUCUUCAAAACAAAACUAUGUUCUUUAAUUACUGCAAAUCUUCUUACAUUUUCUUAUCAUCUCCUUUCACAAUAGCUAAUGAAAAUCUCUGAGAUAUUUCAUCCCUCAA